AUGGAGCCGGUCAGCUUGAGAGCUCUCCAUCUCAAAGAGAGAGAGAGAGAGAGGACGCCCGCCACCACAAACUCUCUCGUCCCUUCACCCCGAGACCAAGUAUGCGAUCUUGAGCGUGCUGCUCGGGGCGCAACCAUUCCCCUCGACUCCGUCCCCGCAACCUCCAACCCGCGUAACUCAAUUCCGACUCCGGGCCGUCUCGAGACCGCUGACUGUCGCAUUGCCAUGUCGUCAAAUAUCCAAGUCUUUGUCAGGUGGAAGGAUCAGAAUAUCUUCGCUGGAGAGAACGUGGAAUGCACAAUCACGUUCAAAAAUGUGGCAGACAGCGCCUCUGAAUCGGGUCACGGAGACACUGGCCACCAACGAAAGCUGUCUCGAAGCGCGAACCUCCCAGCGACUUCCGGCUCCGACUCGUUCUUCUCGUUAAAAUCUCCACAUGCAUUGUUUUCGGGAAGACGGUCAUAUUCGAUCAGCUCCCAGAGGAAACCCUUCCACCGGACCGCAUCGUCCUUGAAUUCCACAAUCCCCCCAUCCAACAGCUUCCCGCCAACCAGUACACCGUCUACGCCUCGGAGUUGGCAACCGGGUCACAAUCACAAACGGUCGGUAUCGAUUCUCUCUAUUGACAGCGAAGGAUUCCCAGAAAAAGCGCCGCCGGCCCAGAAUCAGGGACGGGCCAGACCAGCUCGAGGUCAUGGUCGCUCAGCCAGUCUACAAGUGGUCCCGAGGAGGAAUGAGAGCUACGAUGAGUCCAUGCGCAAAGUGGGAAGAACGGCUCUGAGAAGUCCUUCACUUGCCGAAUCGCCAAAUGAAUCCACCGCAGCAAAUCUGAGAGUUGACACUGCGCAAGUCAGACGAGGCAGUCGACCCGACUCUCAUGCGACGAGUCCAGUUGCUUCGACGGUACCAACGCGUGGUCCUGCACGACGGGCGCAGCUUCCUGCAUUUGAUUUCAGGUUUCCCCCAGCGUCACCGACGACCGAUUCACACGGUGCGCGCCCGCCUCUCUCUCCUUCUCCGCGAUCGCCCGAACGACCUCCUUCGGCCAAAUCACCGGCCAAAGAUGCAGCCACGCUAGCUGCACCGUCACAUCAACAAGUGGCCCGGAUCAUUUCAGCCACGAGUGUGAAUGGGAGUAGCCGGAGUAGUGGCGAGUUCUACUCCGUCAGUGAUCACUCCAGCGAGACUUUGGCAUCAGAAUACUCCACUCAGGCCCAAGCUGUGCGAACUCCGCCUCCUUCUAGGCAUGCCCGGCAUUAUUCAACUGUUGUGAGCUCUUCCAGACCCACCGAUAGUCAAGCGCUACUCAUGGGUUAUGCGCAAAUUAGUGCAUCCUUCACCGUGGACGGGUCCCUCGUGAAUCAAUCAGUCUUUGACGAAACCAAGCGCAAAGGAGUCGUUGGCGGCCAGACGGGCACCGGUGGCGUUCCUGGUCGACCGGGCCCUGCGAGUGGUGAUCGCUCGCGCAAAAGCGGUGGCUUUUGGGGGUCUUUGAAGUGGAAUGUGAUUGAAGAGUCGAUCAGUGGGCUUUUGUCAAACAACGAGCUCGACGGUCUCCGAGAUAUGCGAGGAGUUGCCUCAUCCCGAUCUAUUCCCUUGCUCUCCACGCCGCAGUCGCUUCUCUUUGUUGACCUGCGCCUCGCUCCGGGUGAGGAGCAAUCAUAUUCAUUUUCUUUCACACUUCCCAAGGGUCUCCCUGCCAGUCAUAAGGGCAAGGCAAUCAAGAUUUCUUACAAUCUCGUGAUUGGUACUCAGCGACCCAGUGGUGCUAAUGAGGCGCAACGAGUGAAUCGGAUCAACAUCCCAUUCCGAGUCUACAGCGGCGUCAACGAAAGGGGAGAUAUUCUUGGUCAUGACUUGAUGUCCCCAUACGUGAUUCUUCGUGACGAAGCCAAAGUCCACAAGAUUGGGCCUACGACACCGAUCACUUCCAAAAAGCAGAGCAUCGGUGGUGGAGUAUGGCAAUCCGCGGGGGAUUUUCUGUCCUAUGUGGACGAAAUUCUCGAGCAGCGUGCACGCUCAAACUCCCUCUAUCCUCCAGGAGCUACCCCCCAAAGACGGUCUAGUUUCGACGGUCCUCCUGCGCAUGCCUUGUCAUGCAAGGACAUUAUUGAUUUUGCUAUUCUUCGAAGUAACCAGGCGGUGCAGUCACGGCGCAGCCCCAAUCGCUUCGAGAUUGCACGUGAUGGUCAGCGGAUUGCCGUGGUGGUGUUGAAUCGCCCAGUCCACAGGUUGGGAGAGACGGUGAUCGCCACGAUCGACUUUGGUGACGCUGCCAUUCCAUGUUAUGCGGUCCGAGCCUCGCUCGAGACGUCGGAGAAAGUGACGCCAACGAUUGCCGUGCGCUCGAGUGCGAGCAUCCACCGCACCACGCGCAAGAUCCACGCGUCCCUCUUUGAGAAUACUUUGUUUGCAACGCGGGUGGUCUUUAGUCCCGCGAUUCCCAUUUCCGCUACGCCCACCAUUCUGACCAGCGGCGUGACUCUGGACUGGGAUUUGCGCUUUGAGUUUGUCACGCCGAAACUGAGUGGUGAAUCGGGCCGGGGACUCACGGGGACUCAACUCCUCGAGACGACUUCUGCCGAUGCCCGGGGCCGAUUUUUGAAUGCAGUGGAGCAUCUGGGAUGUGAAUCUUUUGAAAUUUCCAUUCCCUUGACCGUGUAUGGAGAGACGGUGCGCGAACAAUUCCCGGAAGAGAAUAUCGGAUAUAGUAUUUAG